AUGCAUGGGAUUUUAGAUAAAGUAUAUGACCUUAUUAAUAGUUAUGUUACAAGGGAGGACAUAUUUAAAAAAAACUUAGAAUUAAGAUACCUUUGUGGAUAUUCAUCUAUAGAAGAAUUUGUGGACGAUUUAUGGGAAUUUAAAGCAAAGUGGUAUUAUGUAAGCUAUCAAGAAACAAAAAAUCAAACUAAAAUUCACCCGAAGGCAAUCUAUACAAGUCGAUUAAUAUCGGAUCUUACAAAGAACGUCCAAUGGGAAUCAAAUGAAUCAGUUCGAGGGGAUAAAUAUGAGUCCGCUCAAAAAAUGCUCGAAAUCAAUUUCUAG